GACAACUUUAUAAUCGGGCUUGCGAGCAAAUUUGGAAUUGUAUCAACGUGUGCAUACACGUCGUUGCAGUUUCAUACCGCUGUACAAUCACAGCUACUGCGAGAAACAGCGUUGUUUUGCUUGCUAACAGUCCGUAAACAAACGGCUACAAGCUUAGCUACGAGGAAUAGCAUAGUUACUGCGCACCAAUCUGCGUGAACAUAUGUGAGGCUUGGAGAAGUAUCGAAUCUCCAACCUGUGCUCACGUAAAAUGUUAUCGUUAAUUACAAGCUUAAGACAGUUCAGCCGGAUCUAAAACUCGACUCGAAGACUUCAUUAACGAUCUGGAAUUAACACCUAUUUAAAUGACACGAUCGGAUGGUAUUGUUUUAACAGUAUUGUUGUUGACGUAGUUGGUAGGGAUGUAGAACUUGAAAGUCAUUGAAACCUGAUGAUUGUACGCCAGCUGACCUCAAGGGGCCUGAUAAACCUUUAUGCUCCCCUGAGGAAAGGUUGGGACAGCCAAAGUAUGACCAGACCCAGUUCAGACCUGGCAGCAUUUAGGGAGAUCUUCUCUAAGGCCUCUAAUAUAGUCAUCCUCACCGGAGCAGGGGUGAGUGCAGAGAGUGGAGUCCCUACCUUCAGAGGGGCGGGGGGCUACUGGAGGAAAUGGCAAGCUCAGGAUCUUGCCACUCCUGAGGCCUUCUCAAGAAACCCCUCACGUGUCUGGGAAUUUUACCACUACCGUCGGGAAGUAAUGCUUACAAAAACUCCAAAUGCCGCUCACCUGGCCAUUGCAGAGUGUGAAGAGCGUCUGGCUAAACAGGGCCGUGGAGUCACUGUCAUCACUCAGAACAUUGAUGAACUUCACCGGCGUGCUGGAACUAAAAAUAUCAUCGAAAUUCAUGGAAGUCUUUUUAAAACACGUUGUGUAAGUUGUGGACAUGAAACAGCCAAUUACAACAGCCCCAUUUGUGUUGCUCUGGAGGGCAAAGGAGCUCCAGACCCAGAAACACAUGAUGAUCAGAUCCCUGUCCAGGACCUUCCUAGGUGUGAACAAGCAGAGUGUUCUGGUCUUUUGAGACCAGCUGUGAUUUGGUUUGGAGAGGCUCUUGAUUCAGAUACCGUAAUUCAAGCAGAGAAAGUACUGGAUAACUGUGACCUGUGCUUAGUGAUUGGCACUUCGUCUGUGGUGUAUCCAGCAGCCAUGUUUGCUCCUCAAGUGGCUGCAAGAGGCAUACCUGUGGCUGAGUUCAACAUGGAAAACACACCAGCCACAAUGCGUUUCAAGUUUCACUUUCAUGGCCCCUGUGGGACAACUUUGCCCCCUGCCUUAAGUCCCCAUGCAUCUGAAAUACAAUGAAAACUAUACACAGAAAUGACUUUAUUGCUGGAUGAUUAUUGGGGAAAACAUCUAGAAUAGUUAGUAACUAAUUAUUUAUUCCUAAUGUGACGCAUGAUAAGGAAGGUAAGCGCAGUUUAACAAAAAAUUGAAGCCGCCACCAUGUUUGAAAACUCUCUAAUGCAGGUUCCUUAAAUUUAUGUUUGAAGAAAAAAGUAUGUUUUUCUCUCGGUAGUCUAAUUAGGUUACCGAUUUAGUCACAUGGGAAAUGCAAAAUAUUAAAAACAACUUAAUACAAUUUAGUGUAAUUCUCAACCACUGCAAACAACUGCCAAUAUUCGUAAAAAAAAUAAAAAUAAAUAAAAACCUGUCUGACCUCUCUGCUCAAACCUGAGAAUUAUUAUCUUGUUUACGGCAGAUGUUUUCCUUGGGUCGUGUUUGUACAGAUUUGCCGAUCAUAAUAUCAUGUGUCUCUUGCAAUAAACAGGUAUUGAAUGUAUGGCAGUAGGGGGCAAUGUUAACCCGCUGCUUUAUGAAUCCCACGAUUAGACUGUAUUCUAUUUGUGCAUGUAUUAGUCUAUUAUGUUUGCACUGCACUGAUGAAGACUACUUUUUAAUAAAUGUUAUUAUCAAUGGAA